AUGGAUCCAUCGACAGCGACAUUCCCCGUCCUCCCGCCCGAGCUUGAGCGCGAUAUAUUCGAGCUCGCAGCCUACACGAACCGUCCGUCUGCGCUAUGUCUCGUGUGUGUCGCUAAGAGGGCACAAAUCUGGCUUGAACCUAUCAUAUACUCCACCAUCAUUAUCGACUCAGGAUCAAUGUCCACUCUCCUCUUGCGCACACUUUCUCCCUCACAUGAUGACGAAAAGAAAGGGCAAGCGAGUCAUUCCCGUGCACGGACCAUUGCUUCCCGCAUCAACACCCUAGUUCUUCCACGUUCUACGCCUCUAGCUGUCGCAGAGCAGCUUGUCCCGCUCUGCACAAAUCUCCAGACGCUUGCUUGCUGGGUGUCACCGACGGACGGUUCCGCAAUGAAGCUGGAGCACGUAUUAAGAGACCGCGAGAGGGAGGCUGACAAGACGGUCCGGAUAACGGGCUCAAAGAUGAAAACGCUCACCCACGCUUCUAUCAACCUCACCACCUUCCUGGGCUCACCCCCCAACUCGCCCUCCGGCUUGUCUUCCACUUCGCUGCCGUUCCUUUCUCACCUCACCCACCUCGACAUCGUGAAUCACUGGGCGAUGUGGACACUCCCCAUCAGCACCGCCUCUUAUGCCGAGCACGAGCAAGGCCCACACCCUCUCCUUUCCCUCCCCUGUCUCACGCAUGUUGCAUUCCGGUACUGGGCGCGCGGGAGCGUCGGUGCGGUGCUGGAACGGUGUAAAGCGCUGCGAGUGAUCGUGCUACGGGUUGAGAAUGUUGUGUGGGGACUUGCGAAGGAGAGACUUAGGAAGGAAGGCGUGCGAUGGGUAGGUAGUGGGUGGGAGAGCGUGGAGGAGUGUGAUGCGUUGGCCGAAGAUCGAAUGCAGGGAGGGGGGAGCAGGAAUAAGGAGAGCAUUCGCGUCGUCGUGAUGCACCAUAGGUCUGAUUUGGACGAGUGGGAGAGGGUACAGAGAGGUGAAGAGGGGAUGUGGGAGAGGGCGGAGAGGGCCUUGAGAAUGAAGACAUUGGCAGGGCAAUGA